UAUACGAUAUAUAUACUACCUACUUGCAAAGCAUCGCCGAUGACCACUUCGGUCCGAUAAUCAAGCUUCUCCUUAUUUACAUUGUCCAUAGGUUUUGGACUCCUGCUUAAACUUUCCAGAGGAAGAGGAAGUGAUUUUAAGGUACUGGAAAGAAAUAGAUGCUUUCCGUACAAGUAUCAGUCUCAGUGCAGGAAAGCCAGAGUACACUUUCUACGACGGGCCGCCCUUUGCGACCGGUUUGCCCCAUUAUGGGCACAUCCUGGCUGGAACAAUUAAAGAUACCGUGACUCGGUAUGCCCACCAGACUGGCCACAAGGUUUCACGUCGUUUUGGGUGGGACUGCCAUGGUCUGCCAGUUGAAUAUGAGAUUGAUAAGGCUCUGGGCCUCAAUUCACGAGAAGAAGUAUUAGCAAUGGGUAUUGGGGUGUAUAAUUCGCACUGUCGGAGUAUUGUUCAACGAUACACACGUGAGUGGGAGACCGUUGUUACCCGUUUGGGGCGAUGGAUCGACUUCGAGAAUGACUACCGCACAAUGGAUUUGAGCUUUAUGGAAUCGGUCUGGUGGGUAUUUAAAACUCUCUUUGAUAAAGGACUUGUAUACCGCGGGUACAAGGUCAUGCCAUAUUCAACAACUUGCGCCACGCCUUUGUCAAAUUUUGAAGCUGGUCUAAAUUACAAAGAUGUGACCGAUAUUGCAGUUGUUGUGUCCUUCCCGCUACGGGAUGAGCCAAACGUGAGCCUAGUAGCAUGGACAACAACACCGUGGACUCUUCCAUCAAAUCUAGCGUUAUGUGUCAAUGCACAUUUGAACUACGUCCAGGUCCGUUCGGUCGCGGACAAGAAAAUCUAUAUCGUCGCGGAGAUGCGACUCACGCAACUAUUUCCGGCGCUUCGGUCGAAGAAGUUUCAGCAAGGUGAUGAAGCAAGGAUAUAUGAGGUUCUUAAGUCCUUUAAGGGUGCUGAACUCGUUGGUCGAAUGUAUGAGCCCCUUUUUCACUUCUAUGAUAGCGCAGAGCGGCGCUCCUGUGCAUUCAAAGUCAUAGCAGAUGAGUAUGUAACAAGUGAGGCGGGCACCGGCAUUGUGCACCAGGCUCCUGCUUUUGGCGAAGAUGAUUAUAGGGUCUGCGUAAGAAACAAGAUCGUUGACGUCAUAAUGAACGGCGAGAGGAGCCUCCCUUGUCCCGUUGACGCCAAUGGUCGCUUUGUCUCGCCAGUGUCUGGGGAUUUACAGGGCAUGCCGGUAAAGCUAGCUGACGCAGCAAUUUGUUCAUUGCUUCACAAGAUGGGCCGACUCGUGCUCAAAGAGUCACAUGAACAUAGUUACCCAUUCUGCUGGCGCUCAGAUACUCCACUGAUUUACAAGGCGGUCCCCUCGUGGUUUGUCGCUGUAGAGACGAUAAGAGAGAACCUCAUACAGAAUAAUAAACAGACAUACUGGGUCCCUGCAUCCGUGCGAACUGUCAGAGUCCACAAAGCGCUUGGCCAUUUGCCAUAAAUCCACUGGUGAAACUCCGCACUAGGUGAAAGAGAAGCGGUUCCACAAUUGGCUGGUUGACGCUAAAGAUUGGGCUAUUUCCAGAAAUCGUUUCUGGGGCACUCCUAUCCCUCUUUGGGUAUCUGAAGACCACAAGGAGAUGGUGGCUAUAGGCUGCGUCGCAGAAUUACGCGCAAAAUGUGAGCUGGCAGAUGGGUCUCAGAUCCCGAUGGACUUGAGUGAUUUGCAUCGUGAAAGUGUGGACAGCCUGGUAGUGGCGUCGCCAUCACGGUCAGGCGUAUUUCUCCAUCGUGUUGACGAGGUCUUUGACUGUUGGUUUGAAUCAGGCUCCAUGCCUUACGCACAGUUGCACUAUCCAUUUGAGUGCAGUGAAAAGGAGUUUUUGAAGAAGUUUCCAGCUGAUUUCAUUGCAGAGGGAUUAGAUCAAACACGCGGGUGGUUCUACACACUCAUGGUCAUCUCCACUGCACUAUUCAAUAAGCCAGCAUUCAAGAACCUUAUAGUAAAUGGUCUUGUUCUUGCAGCAGAUGGAAAGAAGAUGUCAAAGCGUCUAAAGAACUACCCCGACCCAACACUCGUAAUCAACGCACAUGGCGCUGAUGCUCUUCGGCUCUACCUCAUUAAUUCACCCGUCGUGAAAGGUGAGACCAUUAAAUUUGUUGAGUCUGGCGUACGUGGAGUUCUCCGCGAUGUGCUACUCCCCUGGUUUAACGCCUUUCGCUUUUUUACCCAACAAGCAAGCCGGUGGGAAAUAAAAAAUUCGACAGGAAACAAGUUUACGCAAGACAACGAUCGUGUAAGAAAAUCGCAAAAUAUUAUGGACGUUUGGAUCAUGGCAAGUUUGGACAGUCUUGUCCAUUUUGUUCACGAGGAGAUGAGAACAUAUCGCUUAUACACUGUUGUGCCGCGGUACUCUGGCUGCGUCCGCGCCCCCCUCCCCGAUCCUGACACACACACUUCCUUUCCCGUUGCACUACUGUGCUGAGUACACUACAAUAGGCUAGUCGGCUUUUUGGGUGAUCUGACAAACUGGUAUGUUCGCCUGAAUCGUUCUCGCCUCAAGGGUACUGAUGGCGAGGACUCAGCACUAACAUCACUGGCAGUCCUAUAUGAUGUGCUUCUGAAGAUGACCGUUAUUAUGGCACCAUUUACUCCAUUUUUUGCAGAAUACCUAUACCAACACCUGCGAAAGCGUCUUCUCACAUCUAAUACCGCAAAUUUGCCUGAGGAUGCAAUAGGUAAAGCAGAUAGUGUGCACUACAUAAUGCUACCCCUGGCGGGAAACCCCAAGGCGGAUGGAAAGGUCUUAGUUGGAAUGAGCCUUCUCCAGCAGGUUGUUGAACUUGGUCGCCGGGCUAGGGAGGCUGCUACUAUCUCAAUGAAAACGCCCGUCAAAAGGGUCAUUAUAGUGUGUGACUCUGCAUUAACGCUAGAUGGACUGCGAGGGGAGCUGGAGUCCUAUGUCCUUGAAGAGCUAAACACAUGGGAAAUUGUAUUAACAAGUGAUGUCGAAACCUGGUGCUCAAUAUCUGCUCUACCAAAUUUACCCAUUCUUGCAAAACGCCUCGGGAAGCAAGUCCGUAGUGCGGCAGAUGCAAUCAAAGGCCUUGAUUCAGCCUCCCUCCGCUCUUUCUCCAGGACUGGUAGUAUCAUGAUCUGCGUUGAUGGUAAACUCCUUCAUUUUUCCAAAGGUGACCUCAUUGUCAAGUCUGCAUUCUCCGGAGAUAGUACUCGUUACAUUGCAACAAGUUCUUCUGACGGCGGCCUCACGGUAGCUGUCUGUACGGUGCAGGACGAUGCACUCCGCAGGCAGGGUAUCACGCGUGAUUUUUGCAAUCGUGUUAACAAAUUGCGCAAAAAAAGAAAGCUCAACAUUGCGGAUCAGGUCGAUAUCUUUUAUGCCGAAUCUGCUCCGCUAGACAAUAUCUCCACCACCAGAGCCCUUGCCUGUAAUAGCAAUCUACUUAAUAGGGCGAGGAUCUAUCCUGUUGACUUUUCGAGCUGUCGCGGACAAAUACUAAUUUCAGAUAAAUAUGCAUCUCCUGGAGGUUCCAAUAAUCUCAGUAUUGCUCUGGCGGUCCCUGCACCUUCACUAGCGCCAGCCGCCAAAAAAAAGUUUGCUGGGUAUGUUGCACUAGAAACGUUGCUUGCGACCUGUGACUUAUCUAAUAGCAAAAUUCAUGGUAGCCUUGAGAAUAACCCUUUUGAACUUAAGCUUGGUAUUGACAUUUUCCCAAGUGCAAGUUCUGCCCGCAGUCUAGGCAAAGGGAUUCUAGCACCCUCAAAACCUUGUGCGUAAAUGAAGCAGGGGCCCUCUGCACAGACUUGUUGGACGCGUGCCAACGUCCUACAAAAUCGCGGAUUCAUAUUAUUCCAAUAUGCAUUAUUUGGCCUUCUCUUAAAUAAACUAGGUGUCUGGUUGGCGGGCAAUUUUAGCUUGAGCCUGACGACUGCCUAACCUUUAUGAGGUCACGGUAACAAGAGUCCAAUAAUUUUAGCUCCCCGCGUCGGGAGACCAAAUUCCCAGCUUAGGGGCUUCCGCACCACUGAUGUUCGAAACGAACUUUUAUUCAAGUUGAGCUGCCAUCGUGUAUCUUAGGUGUAAUAGGCCCAGACAGGCAAAAUCGAUUAUCGUGGGGGG